AAUUACUGCUGGGCGUUACUGUCUGCUGUGAAUAUCUAACAACUAAUUGCGGUCAUUGUGAAGCGCAUAUCUCGCGGUUAUGGAAAUACCAUGCACUAUGCCAUUUAUAUGGCUAGAAUGCAUGUUUCGAUACAUAAGGUGACGUGAGCUGAGAGUGUCUGUUGUGAGUUUAGGGGGGCACGUCAGCCAGAGGGUGUGUGAGUGAGUGAGUGAGUGAGAGACUGCUGCCUGCUGACCAGAGACGGUCGCUGGAAGAAGGGUCUGAAGUGCCUUUGUUUCGGCUACAAAAACCCGCCGAACUGAUCCGAAACCAGCCCAAUUUUUAUACACCCGCCCAAACCCAUUUUUGCCCGCAAAAUAGAUUGCAAAACCGCCCAAUUGGGCGGGAAACCGCCCAAUCUGGCAACCCUGGAAAUUGGUACUUCCAGGCCUCUAUGUGGUAGUAAAGCGUAUAAAGAAUUCCACAAAUUUAGAAGAAGACAUGCUUGUCCAAUGAGAAUGCAAGGUACUCGCGUUCAAAUCGUGUAUUCACCAAUCGAAAUCGAGCAUUUCUCAAAACUCUGACGUCACGUGUGCUUUUAAACCUUUGCGCACAUUUUUGAAUUCUAUCAGUUGGGAAUGUGACUGAGCUUCAGCUUCAGCUUUUGAGUAUUCAGAGACUUUUUAAAUCCGUUAACUGUCAAGGACAAUGCUGAACUAAUAUAUAUUUUUUAUAAUCAGACAUAAUGACAGAAGAAUCUGCUGUCAAAGUUUGCGUGAGGGUCCGACCUCUCAUACAAAGAGAGGAGGCUGCAGCGGAAAAUGCGGAGCCUGUACAGCUCUACUGGAGAGCUGAUAAACAAACCAUCCAUCAGGUUGAUGAUGGAAACCCCACUAAAAGUUUCAGCUUUGACAGAGUCUUUAGUGCAGAGGAAAGUACCAACCAGUUGUACCAGGACAUUGCAAAGUCACUAGUUGUCUCCACUGUUGAGGGAUAUAAUGGCACCAUAUUUGCAUAUGGCCAGACUUCAUCAGGGAAGACUUUCACGAUGAUGGGGAACAGCCGUACCCCAGGCGUUAUCCCACUGGCUAUGGAGGAUGUCUUCCAGACCAUCAAAAAUUGUCCCAAGAAGGAGUUUCUCCUCCGUGUGAGUUACAUGGAAAUCUAUAAUGAGACCGUCACUGACCUGUUGUGUGACAGCUGGAAGAGGAAGCCAUUAGAGAUCCGUGAGGGCAACUAUAAAAAUGUCUACGUGGCUGAUCUUACAGAGGAGCUGGUGACAUCACCUGACCAAGCACUGGCCUGGAUUCGGAAAGGAGAAAAGAAUCGGCAUUAUGGAAAGACAAAAAUGAAUGAGCGGAGCAGUCGUUCUCACACCAUCUUCCGUAUGAUCAUUGAAAGUCGAGAGCGGAGUGAUCCAGCCUCAGGAGAAAUCUCCGAUGGAGCCAUCAUCGUCUCCCACCUGAAUCUGGUGGAUCUGGCAGGGGCUGAGCGAGCAAGUCAAACAGGUGCAGAGGGUACUCGCUUCAAAGAGGGAUGCAACAUCAAUCGGAGUCUCUUCACUCUGGGACAAGUCAUCAAGAAGUUGUCAGAUGAAAAUCAGAAGGGCUUCACCAACUACAGAGACAGCAAGCUGACCCGUAUUCUGCAGAACUCACUUGGGGGCAAUGCCAAAACGGUCAUUGUGUGUACAAUCACCCCAGCUGUACAGGAUGAGACUCUCAGCACACUGCAGUUUGCAAGUGCAGCGAAACGCAUGAAGAAUGAUCCACAUGUAACUGAGGUGUCUGACGAUGGCGCUCUGUUGAGACGCUAUAGGAAUGAGAUCAAUGAGCUCAAACAACGUCUGCAGGAGGUUUCCUCGGUGACCAAGACGACGGUGACUGAGAAGCAGACCCUGUGCCAGCUGCUACAGGAGAAGGAGCAGCUUCAAAGGGAGCAGGAGGACCGCAUCCGCAACCUCACCAAACUGCUUGUCACCUCCAAUGUGGUCCUAGUCAAGAAGCUUCCGAAGCGGCGCAUGACAUGGGGUGGUAAGCUGUUACAGGCCGCCCACCCCUCAGAUGCACUAGCCGAGACGGACGCUGGGUUCAUGGAGCCCUUUGUCAAGCAACGUAGGAUCGACCUUUCCGCUAUAGUAGAAAACGAGGACAUGGAGGAGUUUGAGGGACGUUGGGAAAUUCCUUUAGAACGGACUUUCGACAUGGAUCUGAAUCAGAGCAGUGUGACCACGCGCAACUCUUCAGAAAGUGAUUAUUGUUCCCCUAGGGUUUCCGAAAUGAAAGGAAGGCUGGCCAACCUGGAGGAGCAACUGGAGAAGGAGGUGCAGCUUAGACAAGAGAUGCAGCAACAGUUAGAGAAGGAGGCGCAAGAAAAACGGGAGUUGCACCUUCAACUCGAGAACGAGGCACAGGAGAAGCAGGAAGUAAACCUUCAGCUCGAGAAAGAGACGCAGGGCAAACAGGAGCUUCACCUUCAACUCGAGAAGGAGGCACAGGAGAAGCAGGAAUUACACCUUCAGCUCGAGAAGGAGACGCAGGGCAAACAGGAGCUUCACCUUCAACUCGAGAAGGAGGCACAGGAGAAGCAGGAAUUACACCUUCAGCUCGAGAAGGAGGCACAGGAGAAGCAGGAAUUACACCUUCAGCUCGAGAAGGAGGCACAGGAGAAGCAGGAAUUACACCUUCAGCUCGAGAAGGAAACGCAGGGCAAACAGGAGCUUCACCUUCAGCUAGAGAAGGAGUCACAGGACCAGCAGGAAUUACACCUUCAGCUCGAGAAGGAGAUGCAGGGCAAACAGGAGCUGCACCUUCAGCACGAUAUGGAGAAGGAGCUGCAACAUCAGCUUGAGGUGGAGGCACUGCAGAAACAGGAGGCUCUGGAGAGAGCAGCGGAGAUGGAGAAGAAGGUGAUGGAACUGGAGCAACAACUAGAAGCUACACCCCACAACACCUCCAACUACAGCAGUGAGCAGUUCAAGAGAGACCUGGGAGAGUCCAUCCAACUGUGUGAAUCUCUUUGCUUUGAGAAAGAAAGGCUGGAGGCUGAGCGGGACGCCCUUCAGAAGGAGCUCCAGGUGUGUGGUGAGGAGGUGGAGCGGCUGAGGAGGGACAGCGAGGCCCUGCAGGAGGAGCUGGUGCAGAAAAGAGAGAUGGACGAGUUCCAGUGUCUGGAGGAGGAGAGCAAGAGGGAGUACGAGAAAGAGCUCCUGGCUCAGAUCACUACUUUGAAGAAGGCAGCAGAGGACUCUAAUAUCCAGGCUCAAAAGCUUAAGGUGGAGCUGGACACCUUGUCGGACCUGCAGGGUGAUAAGGACCUGGUGCAGGAGGUGAAGCGUUUGCGGCGUUCCCUGGAGGAUGCCGAAUGCCUCAGCCUGGACACUAAAAAGGAGUGGGCCUUCCUGCGCUCCGAGAAUAUCUCCCUCAAAGAAAGAGAUGAUGUGUUAACUGCAGAACACCAGCGCAUGCAGUCGGAGCUGCACAGUGUGCAGGUGCAGCUAGAGGCAGAGAAGAAUCGCUUCAAGAAGAUGCAGAUAGACCUUCAGAAGGAGUUGAUGGGGGCUUUUGAUGAAAACACCAAGCUCACCACUCUCCUUGAUGGCAAAGUCCCUAAAAAUCUAUUGGAUGGUGUAAUUCUGGAGCGAACUGUGGCUGAGCUGCAGAAGGAACUGGAGCAGCACAAGCAGAAUGAAGAAGAGCUUCAGUCUCAGCUUAAGGAGGCGCUUGAGAAGGCACAGGAGCAGCAGCAGCAGGAGCUACUGAAGGCUCAAGAGCAGCAACAGCAGUUUGAAGAGAAACUCCAGCAAAAUCAGGAAAUGUCGAGGGUGGAGCUUCAGGGAGCCCAUGAACAGCUGGAGAAACUGCAGCAGGAACUCCAGAGGGCCCAGGAACAGGGGGAUCUGGUGCAACAGGAACUUCACAAGGCUCAAGAACAGCUGCAGCAGGAUAAAGAGCGGCAUCAACAGGACCUACAGAGUUCCCAAGAGCAGCAUCAGGAGCUUCUGAAAGCCCAUGAACAUCUACAGGAGGAACACCAAAAGACCACAGAGCUGUUGCGUCAGGACCUGAAAAACACUCGGGAGGUGCAAGAUGGGCUGCAGCUAGAGCUGCAAAAUGCCUUGAAGAAACAUGACUCCUUGCAGCAGGAGCUUCACAACGCUCAAGAGCAUCAGCAACAUUGGGAGGCAGAGUUCCAAAGGGCGCAACAGCAGCAGGAGGAACUGCAGCAGGAGCUCCAGAAGGCUCAGGAGCAGCUACGGGAUCAUCCCAUCUCCCAGGAGCCUGGUGUGGAGAUCUUUGAGGAGCUGGAGGUGCUGCGCUCUGAACUGGGUGCCAUCACUGCACAGAGAGCUGAGCUGCAAGAGAUCCUGGAGGGUGUGAGAGAGGAGAAGAACCAGCUGAAGAGAGACCUGGAGGAAAGUGUGGACAUGUGUGUGCAGACCCAGUCUGAACUCCAGCAGCUUCAGAGCAGGCCGUCUUGCAGUUCUGGUGCAACAGACGAGUUGCUUCAGCAGCAGAAACAGGAGCUGGAGGAGUUGAGACAAGAGAAGCAGCAACUUCAGGCUGACCUUCAGGAGAAUGUGGAUAUGAUGAUUGAGAACCAGACUGAGCUGAGAGAAGCUCUGGACGAGGUCAGAGAGCUGAAGGGCCAGCUGGUUGCCGCCCGUCUCGCCAGUGCACAGGUCCCAGAUGCCACAGAGAACUCUCUGGAGGCCACUGCUGAACUAGACCGCCUGCGUUCUGAGGUGACCUCUCUGACUGCUGAGCUAGACCAUCUAAAGAGUGCGAGCCAGAGUGAGGGAGGGCAGAAGGCCCAAGAGUUGCAAGAGGCCUUGCAGCAGGAGCUCCACAAGGUUCAAGAGACGCAGCGGCAGAAGGAGGAGGAACUUCAGAGGCUCAGAGAUCAGCUGCAGGAGGAGCUCCAGAAAACUCAAGAGAGCCCACCGCCAGAGCUACUCCAGGCUCAAGAGCAACAGCGUCAUUUAGAAGAAAAACUCCAGAGGGCCGAGGAAGUCUUGCAGCAGGAGCUUCAGAGAGGCCAGGACGAGCAGGAGAGGCUUCAGCAGAAACUCCAGAAGGCUGAGGAGAAGCAGGAGACGUUGCAGCACCAACUUUGUGAGAUCCAGGAGCAGCAGAAGCAAAAGGAGGAGGAGCUUCGUAUUGGCAAAGAGCAGAAGGAACAACUGGAACGAGAACACCAGGAGAUUCAGGAGAUGUUACAGCAACAACUUUGUAAUACCCAGGACCAGAGGCCUCAUCAGGAGGAUCAGGCACCACUGCAACAAGAGCUUCAUCAGGCACAGCUGGAACAGCAGCAACAGGAGCUCCUGAAGGCCCAGGAGCAACAUCAGCAGGAGCUACUGAAAGCCCAGCAGUGUCUUGAAGAAGAGCUCAACACUGCUCUAGAGCAACAGCUAAGCCUUGAGAAAGAUCUGCAGAAAGCCCAAGAGCGGCUGGAACAGUUGCAGCAGGAACUACAGGAGACUCGACAGCAGCACAGCCAGGACUCACUGAAAGCCCAAGAGCGGCAACAGUAUUUUGAGGAGGAACUCCGUAAAAAUGAGCAACUGUUGCACCGGGAGUAUGAGAGAGCACAGGAACAGCAAGCGCAGCUGCAAGAGGAGCUCCUGAAGGCCCAAGAGCAGCUACAGCAUCACUGCACUCCUCAGGACUCGGAGGAGGCCUCUGGGGAGCUGGAGAGGCUGCGAUCCGACCUGAGCGCCCUCACAGCACAGAGAGCAGAGCUGCAGGAGAUCCUGGAGGGGCUGAAGGAGGAGAAGAACCAGCUGAAGAGAGACCUGGAGGAGAACAUGGACAUGGCUCAACAGGAACUGGAGGAGCUGAGGCAGGAGAAGAGACAGAUGCAGACAGAUCUUGAGAACAACAUGGCGAAAGCCAGUGAGCUGGAGACACAGCUGCGGUGUGUGACUGAGGAAAGGCAGCGUCUGCUGGGGGAUAACGAAGUAGCACAGACCCUCCAGAAGGAGGUGGAUCAACUCCGAUCUGAAGUCUCGUCCCUCAGUGCAGACAGAGAGCAGCUGCAGGAGAAACUGAGGGACGACGAGAAGAGGCACUCGGAGGAACUGCAGGAGCUCAGCGUGCAGAGAGAGCAGCUCGUCCAGCAGCUCAGCGCAGCUACAGUGGAGAGCGCUGAGGAACUGGAGAGGCUGCGCUCAGAGAGCGCUGAGGAACUGGAGAAGCUGCGCUCAGAGAGCGCUGAGGAACUGGAGAAGCUGCGCUCAGAGGUCAGCACGCUCACGACCCAGAGAGCCGAGCUGCAGGAGAUGCUGGAGGCUGUCAGGGAGGAGAGGAGCCAGCUCAAGAGAGACCUGGAGGAGAAUGGGGGCAUGGCUCAGCAGCAGCUGAACGAACUGGAGGAGAUCAGACUAGAGAGAAGGCAACUACAGACAGAUCUGCAGAACAACAUGGAAAGAGCCAGUGAGCUGGAGACACAGCUGCGGUGUGUGACUGAGGAAAGGCAGCGUCUGCUGGGGGAUAACGAAGUAGCACAGACCCUCCAGAAGGAGGUGGCUCAACUCCGAUCUGAAGUCUCGUCCCUCAGUGCAGACAGAGAGCAGCUGCAGGAGAAACUGAGGGAGGACGAGAAGAGGCACUCGGAGGAACUGCAGGAGCUCAGCGUGCAGAGACAGCAGCUCCUCCAGCAGCUCAGCGCAGCUACAGUGGAGAGCGCUGAGGAACUGGAGAGGCUGCGCUCGGAGAGCGCUGAGGAACUGGAGAGGCUGCGCUCAGAUGUCGGCAUGCUCACAACCCAGAGAGCCGAGCUGCAGGAGAUGCUGGAGGCCGUCAGGGAGGAGAGGAGCCAGCUCAAGAGAGACCUGGAGGAGAAUGGGGGCAUGGCUCAGCAGCAACAGAAUGAGUUGGAGGAGAUCAGACUGGAGAAGAGGCAACUUCAGACAGAUCUGCAGAACAACAUGGAAAGAGCUAAUGAGCUCCAGGCACAGCUGCGAUGUGUGACUGAGGAAAGGCAGCGUCUGCUGGGGGAUAACGAAGUAGCACAGACCCUCCAGAAGGAGGUGGCUCAACUCCGAUCUGAAGUCUCGUCCCUCAGUGCAGACAGAGAGCAGCUGCAGGAGAAACUGAGGAAGGACGAGAAGAGGCACUCGGAGGAACUGCAGGAGCUCAGCGUGCAGAGAGAGCAGCUCAGCGCAGCUACAGUGGAGAGCGCUGAGGAACUGGAGAGGCUGCGCUCAGAGAGCGCUGAGGAACUGGAGAGGCUGCGCUCAGAGGUCAGCGUGCUCACGACCCAGAGAGCCGAGCUGCAGGAGAUGCUGGAGGCCGUCAGGGAGGAGAGGAGCCAGCUCAAGAGAGACCUGGAGGAGAAUGUCGACAUGGUGCAGCAUAUGAAGGCUCAGAGGACCAGCUAUCCUGAACACUCAGAGCUGGUGGUGCAAGAAAAUGAAUCCCAGCAGAGAUUGCAGGCGUGGUCCCUGCGAAUCCAGCGUCUGGCUGAUCAGCUUUCUCAGAAGCUGCGAAAGCGCUGGACAACAGAGCUACUGGCCUCUGCCGAGCUCACUGAGAGAAGACUGACCAAACAGCUGCUGUCCCAAACCCCACAUCUGGCGCCCCUGACCACUAGCCUCAAGAAGAGCACACUACAGUUGCAGGACCUGUUGUGGACACGACUGGCUACUCUACAGAAGCUAGCUGUGACUUAUAGGGGCCACUACGAGGCACUGUGGGAGCAAGAAGCCUCUGCUGUUGAUCAGAGUGGCUUGAUUGCUCAGGCUCAGAAGAGCACCUCUGGUCAUCCGUGUCCACCUCAAGAUGUCCUCCUCUGCCUCCUGCUGGAGAGGAGGGAGCUCCAUCUACAGGAAAUGGCUGCGAGUGCCCAGCGGCUGGAGGAGGGCGUGGCCGAGCUGGAAAAGGUCAUGAGCGUGGAGCUUCAGCACCGCGUGCAGGCCAACCAGGGGCUGGAGGAGCUGAGCUCGCGCACGCCAGCCGAGCCCAGCGCACUCGGACGCCACCUCCAACAGGAGACCAGCCGCCGCCACAGUGUAGCCAGCUGUGAGCAAGCCAUCUGCCAUGCCCUGGUCAGUGAGCAGCAGCGUUUGGCCAACAGCAAGAUGACCCAUGAGCAGCGCCGCCAGACGGUGGUGCCACUGAGUCUGCUCCAGCCACCGAUCUCGGAGCUCCAGCAGGACAAGCAGCAGCUGUGCUCCAGGCUGCAACAGGCCCUCACGCACACUCAGACAUUAGAGAAAAAGUUGCAGCAUCUUCAGGGGGCUCAUGAUCUUUCAUCUCAGCAGUGCAGUGAACAGCUGCUCCAGCUGAAGGAACUGCAGGACAAACUUGCCCACAGUCAGACCCUGGCCCAGAGGAAGAUGACUCCCAGUGCAGUGGAAAUGCAAAAGAUGAAGGAUCGACUGGUGAACAUGGAGAUGGAGAACACAAACCUGAACACCGGCCACCAGCAAGAGCUGGAGAGGCUGACGUCAGUACUCAAAUACAAGGAGGAGUUGAUCCGUAAGCUGAAGGAGGAUUUGAGGAUGAAGCAGCAGGAUGACGAGCAUUCAUAUAUGGAGGAUAAUCACUCCAAACACUGUGACCACCAGGAGGAGAUUCAGCAGCUGCAGCAGAAAAUUGCUCAGUUAGAGAGCACUCUGUCCAGCCAACAGGAGGAGGUUGACCGAUGGAAACGGCGCGCUUACAAACUCAAGGAGAGCCGCCGUGAGGGGGGUCUACACACACCCAUCAAGCAUGGACGACCGCCCACACCCACCAAGCAUACACCCACCAAACACACACUCCCGCUCACCCCUACUAAACACACACUCACACACACACAGGCGAGGCCGUCGCCCAGCAAGCGUCCAGCGCUUGGCGAAGCACCGCUGUUGAAUUCUCCCCAGCGGCCACUGCUGGAUUCCCCCAAGAGCCUGUUCUUCGACAUGCCGCCCGGGACCCAUGCCCCACCCAUCGCACGCACCAAGGGCUUCUUUGACAACUGUGCCCUGGGGCCGGCAACUGACAGUGAGGAGGAGGAAGCUGACCCAUUGGUUGCGGAGGGGUCCACAGGGGGAGGCAGUGCAGCCAACAAGAAGGAUGAGUGGUGGCCACAGUCCCCCAGACAGGGUCAGCAGUGUGAAACGCAGUGAUGACCCUCCGUCCUGUCCAGUCCAUUUUUCCAUGUCUUGUUUUUGUCUGUGUUUUAAUAAUAAUUGUAUAUACAUUUAAUAAUGCUUUGUGCUUUCUUUUACUGCUAUUUUUGGAAAUAACUUGAUUAUUUUGUAUUAAAGGAAAUUUCACAUUUUA